UCCUUCUUAACUAGCUCACAUAACUCUAAUAACUCUCACUUUAAUCACUAGCUUUCCUUUCAAAUAUGGCUUAUGAAACAAAAGUACGUUUUGGUAUUCUUGGAUGUGCUCAAAUCUCUAUCAAGCUAUGCAAAGCACUAAGCAAAGCACCAAACGCCACACUCAUAGCCAUUGGAAGCCGUUCGCUCGAGAAAGCGACAGCUUUUGCGAAGGAGCAGGGAUUACCAGAGUCUAUUAGGGUUUACAGUAGCUACGAGGCUGUUGUGGAAGAUGAUGAAGUAGAUGCCGUUUACAUCCCUCUUCCGACGGCCUUGCAUGUGACCUGGGCAGUCAAGGCCGCCGAGAGAGGGAAGCAUGUGUUGCUUGAGAAGCCGGUUGCAAUGAAUGUGGUGGAGCUUGAUCGAAUUCUUGAAGCUUGUGAGGUUAAUGGAGUGCAGUUUAUGGAUGGUACCAUGUGGGUUCAUCACCCUCGAACUAAAAAAAUGAAGGAGGCUUUAUCUGAUGAGCAACGUUUUGGUCAACUAAAAUGGAUACACAGUUGCAUGGCAUACAAUGCUGGUCCUGAAUUUCUCAAAAACAGCAUCCGCAUGAAGCCAGAUUUAGAUGGUCUUGGUGCUCUUGGUGACAUAGGUUGGUACAGCAUUCAAGCUAUCUUAUGGUCAGUAAACUAUGAACUUCCAAAAUCAGUUCUUGCAUUCCCAAAAGCCACCCUCAAUGAAGACAAUGUAAUCAUCUCAUGUGGUUCUUCAUUACAUUGGGAAGAUGGAAAAUCUGCAACAUUCCAUUGCUCAUUCUUAAGUUACAUAACCUUUGAUGUAACAAUUUUGGGAACAAAAGGGUCUCUUAGACUUCAUGAUUUAGUACUUCCAUUUGAAGAGAGUUUUGGAUAUGGAAAAUUUUCGGAGUGGUCGGAGAUAGAUUAUGGAAAGAUUGAACAAGGAAUGUGGUGUCCUAAACCAAAUGAGCAUGUUGUUGAGACAGAGUUUUCUCAAGAUGUUUGGAUGAUUAAGGAAUUUGCUGAUUUGGUUGGAAAAAUUAAGAGAUUGGAAAUGAAGCCAGAGAAGAAAUGGUCAGAUGGUAGUAGAAAGACUCAACUUGUGUUGGAUGCUGUGAAGGAGUCUAUUCAAAGAGGUUAUGAAUCCGUUGAAAUUGUGAAGAGUUAAUUAGUUUAAUUGAUGUUUAAGAUAAUUUGAAAAUGUGGUUGGAUUGUGAAUUUGUGAUUUUGGAAUUGCAUUUUGAUCUUUGAAUUGUGAAAAAUGAUAAACAUAUUAUUUUGAUAAAGUUUUGGAA